CUUAGGAAAUCAGGGGAAUGCAACACGAAGCGGAAUUGGAGCUCUAUUUAUUGCGGGGGGAACGAGAUGCGGAGAGAACUGCGAUAGGACCCGCUGAUAAGCGCCACCGGAGGUGUGAGCUAUUAAGGCACCCCCAGGCUCCAUAAAGCUAUGGCUUACCUCCCAUACAGCACUUUGUAAAGAAGAUACUUAUCGUUUAGGUCUGCUAUGCAUGAUUUGCUCUGUGAUCGCAUUAUUCACGAUUGAUAUGGCUGCAAAAGCAGGGAUAGAUAGGACUUGAGCGUCAAGUAUGGCCUCACGUGACCGAUAUUGUGCCGACUACCGGAUAUCGAGUCAACCCUUUCAGGCAAGUCCAUGCGGACACUGCAACUGUACCAGACAAGCGCUUUGCACUCUACUCUACCCUAUGUAUGUACUCUUCUUAUCUCUCCUCCGUUGUAGAAUAAAUAUGAUCCGUACCAUGACCUCUGAUUGGCUGAACCCACACUGUUCAUCCACUCCACGACUAAGCGAUGUCGAAGUUGUGCCUGACCAAUAGGCAGCCAAGGCCAGCGAAAACGCAUACAUCGCAUCAUGGAAAAUACAUUAAAUCCAGCUAUAUCACACAUGUUCAGUGAGAAAGUAAAACAGGUCAAGGCGAAGCAUUUGUGACAUCAUGGAAUCGAAACAUCCU